AUGUUCGAGGAGUCCCGUUCGCCUUCCCCCAACAGCGCAUUGGUUCCAUCGGAAUGGCACACUAUACUUCAGGCAUCAAACCAGGUCGUGCUCUAUAACCCGACGAGCCACGCGAUCUCAAUUCGCCGUUCGCCUGGCGCACUCUCGCGGGCUGCGUUACCAGCGUUAUGCCCUUAUUGUCAUAGAGUUCUCUCUGAGGACACUGGACACACAGCCGUGGAUGAUCUGGACGACGUUAAGCUCGAAGACCUGGCCCGUGCGGCGAACUCGAGCUCGAGGGCGCCUGAUUACUUUCAGCUCCUGGAAGUAGCUAACGAAACGUUAUCAAGGCCCUCAACUCCUCCGCUCACGUAUGAGACGGAGGAAGGCGAAGCACAAACCUCGGGAGAGGACGGGAACGCUUUCACAGGGGAGAACAUGGCGGACGGGUAUUUCAGGGCGUUCUUCAAGGAGGAGUGCAAACUGGGCAUGGGUGCUAGCGGCAGCGUGUUCCUUUGUCAACAUGUGUUGGACGGCAAUCCGCUCGGCCAUUUUGCCGUCAAAAAGAUAGCGGUGGGACAGAGCCAUGCAUACCUACUAGAUAUCCUCAAGGAGGUUCGGCUGUUGGAGAAGUUGCAUCACCCCAACAUUAUUUCCUAUCAUCACUCUUGGCUGGAGGCGUGUCAGUUUUCGUCUUUCGGUCCCAAGGUGCCCACUUUGCACAUCCUGAUGCAAUUCGCCGAGGGGGGGAGGCAAGUUUUUCACUCGCCGAUUGCAUCCAUGUUUGCCAACCUUGGUUUAUUCAGCCUAGAUGAUUUCAUCGAAGCCCGCCAAGGUCGCUCCUCCCAUCAACAGCCAUCGUCCAACUCGUCUACCCCUGAAGACUCCCGCACGGAUCGCAUUAGGAAAUUCCGCGCUCUGAAACACGCGCCUCCUGAAGAGCGAGAGCGCCUGCGAGCGGAGUUGAGGACCGGUUCGAGAGUUGGCAGUACAAGGACGUGGAGGGCCGUACAUCUCCUGAGUGCAGAAGAAACGAGAAGCCUGUUUGGUGAUAUGGUCGAAGGCUUGUCAUUUCUGCAUGACAAAUCCAUUCUACACCUGGAUCUCAAGCCGGGGAACGUCCUCCUGACGUGGGACGAUGGCAAACUCAUCCCGAGAGCGAUGUUAUCUGAUUUUGGCACCUCACGGGAUAUGGUAACGUCUUCUUUGCGCUCUGGAAAUACUGGAACGCUCGAAUAUACCGCGCCGGAAUCACUUCGCUCGCCAAGUACAGGUUUUCUUCGACAGGUUGAUUCGAAAGCCGAUAUGUGGUCGCUUGGGAUGGUCCUCCACAAGAUGCUCUUCUUCCGGCUACCCUACCUGAACGCUACAGAGGCUGCCGAGACAGAAGGCAGAUUGGCUAGGUUGGAGCAGGAGGUUGCAUCGUAUCCAGGGUUCCAAACUUCGCACAACCUACGGGAAACGUUCGCCUCUAGGCGGCUGCCAUUUACCUAUCUUUUCCUGCUCGAGAAUCUGUUGAAGCCAUUACCGCAAUACCGACCUUCGUGCGAGCGGAUCCUGACCGCCCUGAGAUCCGGCCAGUUGGAUCCAGUGACUACGCCACCCAGUCGGAGCCAUAACACCUCGCCUGGCGUAUUGGUGCCCGUCGUUCGGCAAGCAAGUCCGGAAUUUCCGUCCCAGAUCGCCAGAUCAAGGUCUCACACGCCAGAAAGGACCCGUCAUCUUCUUCAGGAUACACCAAACCCGCGCGAAGGAAAUGGUUCUGUUUCGCGUGGCGAACGCGAGACGGAGAAGGCGAACAUGCCCACGACACAUAACGAUGAAACCAACGAUCACGAAACCCCUCCGGUACUUCAGGCCGCUUCUGCUCUCGCGAUUGCGGACACGAUGCUCCGUCGCGUGCAGCCCCGAGAACAUUUAACUCGAAUGCUCACUAUACGGACUCUGAAAGGCGCCAUUCUCGCAUACAAGGUUAGCUUACCCCUCAGCCGUUGUCCGCACAUCUGA